AUGGCGGAGCGUCCUGGAGGCAAAAGGCGUUCGCGUCGCGACAGUGCGGAGACAUCGGGCUCCGUACGCGGCACACCGCCAACGUCGAAGGAUCGAAGGACUAAACGGUCGAGUAAGCCGUCGAAGGAGCGAUGGCUUCUCACCAGAAAGACCUGGCGGUACAUGGCGGACGCUGGCAGACGCUUAAUCCCGGAUGGAACGCACAACAGGCCCGAGGAUAUUCCGAAGAUAGAGCAAUAUUUUCAGGAAGUGUGUCAGAAGGAGCCAAAAUUCCUGUUGUGGAGAAAGGCUUCCUAUCCGGGAACGUUAGGCUUUCGAUCCCAGAGGCGUCGAAGAGUCAUCAAAGGCGGCAGUUGUCGAACGAAAGCCAGCUCGGCCGACGAAUCGGACGAUGUCAGGAGUUCACCUCGAGGCUUCGUCCUUCAUACCACAACCGCUGGGAAAUUCGACCUAGCGAAAGCCAAAAGGGAGUGGUUGCUGACGUCCGAAGGAGGUAGUAUGCCGUCGAGUCCUGUGGAACGCAGGAAGUUUCAGCAGGAGGACGCGGAUGCCAAGGCGUUGGCAGACAUGUUGCAGAAGUACCUGAACAUGCAGAGCGACGUCGCUGGUACGACGAAAACAGCUGGCAGAUCGGAAAUUCUUGGGCAGGUCGAAGGAAGGGAACUUUUUGACUAUCAGAGCUUGAUAGACAAGCUUCAGCAGCACCUGGAUUUGAUGGUGACUCAAGCCAAACUAGAGGAACUGUCGGUUAGACGAUCUUCCUCGGACAAGGACAUCCAAAAUGUUCCGAAAUCUAUGCAACCGUAUCAGGGCGAUUACGUGCACAAGUCCUUAAUGGAAACUAUUAGUCGUUAUUACAGCAAGUCAGGUACUCGGGAACACGUAAUCUCGGACAUUUUGACCGAUCGAAAACUCUUAGAAAAAUUGUACUUCGAUCUGAGGUGCACCAGGGGCUUCAGAGGUCCACGUGCCACGGGCGCUUACACGUCACCAUCUAGUCGCUGGUGGACCCAUCAGCGAACCAGAGUGCCGACGAAGGAUUCCGAGGAUUGGCUCUCGACUAGAAGAGACCAUAAUCGAGAUCCUCUCUCACCCCCACUUCUGAUAGCCGUCCAAGAGCCCAGCACCGAUCGCGGUCCGAUAGAUAACGGUGUUCAAACUGAUCCUGUUCCUCGGGAAGUUCUCGAUGCUAACCUCCUAGAGAGGGAGGAGCCGUUGAAGGAAACGUCCAUGCAGAAGUCUGGUGGUCGCAGGCGGAGUAGCGUGGACAACGAUGACGUUUCACCUUCUGUGAGCGAUACCAUCAAAAGGUACCUUCGAAUGGCUAGAAAGAAGUCCAUGGACGCGGACAAGGUUGACAGGUUUAAACGGGUGAACUAUGACAGAAAUCUUCGGAAUAUCAAGGCCAAAGGCGAGACCACGAAGCUGAGCGACGACGAGGGCAACAAUAAGGGCUGUCAAACGGAGGACAAUUGGGCUGUUAAUUAUAGAGAAAUGUCUUCCGCGGAGAAUCCGUUUGAGAAUCUGUCCGACGCCGACACGACCACCUCACCUCCGAGCAGGAACGCGAGCUCGAGAAGCAGCAUCGACGCUGGUCUCGGCUCCGAGGAUCCACUUACCCCUAAGCAUCAUCACCAUCAUCAAUCCUUCCUAUCCCAUCUCCUGCACGGUUCCAACGCGCACAAGGAUAAACCGCAUUCGGCACCCGGUUCGCCUGCACUCACGUCAUCGUCGACAAAUUCCGCAGGUGGCACAGCGAUGCAGAAGAGCAAGUCCUCGAGCAGCGUGGUGCAUCACGGCAGCCGAUUGGUGGCCAAGAAGAUAUGGAGGUCCAGGAGCAAGAGUACUUCGAGGGCGUCCAAUCAACCCUCUGUCUGGACGCCUCAGGUUAGUUCUUUGCCGCUUGACCAUUGUUUUGGCUUUCUUUUUUUCUGUUCGUGGGGAUGGUUUGUAACUUUAACGCGUUGUCCGGACUGCUAUUCGUAA